AUGGAGCUCUUCCCGAACGGGGGCUUCGUGCGGCUACGGAGCCGCGGGCGGGACAAGUACGUGCACGCCGACGCGGACGCGAGGGGGGUGUCGCUGCGCCCGCUGGGCGCCGCGCCGUCCGUGAACGCGGUGUGGAAGGCGGAGCACUGGCCCGUCGAAGGAGGGGACGACUUCUUCCUCCUCCAGGGCGCCGCCUACGGGCGGUACCUCGCCGUCUCGCAGUCGCACCGCCCCGACGCGCCCCCCGGCCACCGCGGCGUCCGCGCCGUCCAGCGCGACUACAACUCGCCGCACCUCGAGGCUCCCUUCGUCUGGAUGCCCCAGAGGGUGGAUCCCGGCCACGGCCAGAACUACGUCCGCCUGCACAACGGCCACCGCUGCCUCCGCGCCAACGGCAGGCACCGCUCCUGGAACAACGUCGUCACCGUCGAUGCUACGAACGGUAGCCGGAGCACGAUGAUGCAGUGGAGGGUCGAGGCCAUCCCACUCAGCCCGGAGCCGCUACCCCUUCCGCCUCCACCUCAAGCUCCGUACGAUGUGUAUUCAGACUUGAGUGUUCCAUUGCAACAGAUUCAUGUAAGCCGUGGCCUGUUAAAGCGAUGGGCCAAGGUGCAUCCGUAUGCGGGGCGGAUGAUCCGGCAUGUGCGAUUGAGCGAUGAUGGGAGCAUUGUUCAUAACAACUGGCCUGAAUUCGGCUUCUACGACUACUCCGUAUCCAACCUGAGGACCGAGGUCGCGGCCCGUCAGGAUGACGAGAACAUCACGUUGUGCGUGCGGGCCGGCAUGUAUGCGCUCGUAAUCCCGCUUAUCACAGACCUGCCUCAUAGCGUAGAUACCAUGGACAUCAUCGUCCUCACCACCGGAUCACCAGCAUAUGCGAUGUUUAAUGUUUUCAGCGGUAAUGGCAGUGUGGAUUGCAAUGCAACAUAG